GUUGUGAUAAGGCCAACACCGAAUUGCUCAAAGACACCGGAGUGGUACAAUAUGACCGUGCCAAAGAACAGUCUGGAUAUAAAUCUGAGAAUCAGGAUAGCUAUUCGGGUUGAAAAGCCACCAAAUCUGAAGAGAAAAGGCGACUGA